UAAUGUCUUUAUUCACAUCUGAAUACAUAGUUAUGUAAAUUUGCUAUAUUCGGUUAUUAUUGUUUGUAUAUUACCUUCUAGAACCUCAAGGGGAGGGGUUGAGAAAAAAACAAUUCUACGUACAACGUUUUGCCACUAGAUGACAGUGUGUUGAAUUAUUCCCAUAUAUACCCUGUGUUGGUUGAUGUGUAACUAUGCCAUCAAAAUCCACUCAUACGCAAGAAAUGGCUUUUAAAUAGCUGCCCCCUGUAGUGGCCUCUAUGCGUGAAAGGGUUAAUAAAGAGUGCACGCGAGUUCAGGUGUUAAGACUGCGGUAAUUAUAUAUGGAUUAUUCGCUGUGUCAUGGUUUGCAGGAGUUGCCCGGCUGCAGUUUCGCACAGCGUAUGUCGCUAUGCGGCGCGAGCGCCCGCUGGUUGCUAUGCGGUGCAGCGCGUGUUGCACACUGUUGCCAGGGAAGAGCGAGCGCGAUGGAGGGGGUGGUCGCAUUGUCUGUCGGGACGGUGGCGGUGUGUAAAUUUCUACCGUCUGUCAGGAACGCUCGCUGAUCCGCCGGUUUGUGUUCUUAACAUGAAAGCAUAAUAGUAUGUGUAGACCAAUACUACAGUUAGAUUCGCAAGCUUAAGUUUCAGCACAGGUUGCUUGUUUCCCGUCGUUUCGUUCGAAAGAAGACAAGACGAGCCAAACCAAACCUAACUAGCUUGAGCAAGAGCUUGUUGCAUUCAGCCGGCGUGAGGAGUGGCAGAGCGAGCCAGGAGGUGCAGGGCGCUUGAACGCGGAUCGGGUCGAGAGGGGCCAGCCUUUGGAGAGCGAAAGGCGGCCGAUGACUUCGGAGGGUACCAGUCAACCGCAAAAGAUAGAGGAGGUCGAGCUGGGAUCAGUCGUUCGAGAUCAAGAGGAGAAAACCGACGAGGACCAAGGCGGCAUGGUGACCACCAAGGGGGCCGGUCUGAAUCCCAAUGCUAAAGUGUGGCAGGAAGUGUCUGCACCUAGCACCCAGGCUCCAGAGGCAGUCACACAGACUUGCCAAUGGCCACCAGCAGAUUCUCACACUGAGGAAUCGGAGGGAUUUAAGGAGUUUGAAGUUGGCUAUGGUGACUUGGAUUCAGCCCCUCCUUUAGAGUGCAGCAUGUUGAAUGGUUUGGAGUCUGAAGAACUGGAUUACCCACUCUACGAACCAGUUGAGGGUGAGGUGGUUGAGGAGCAGCCACUGUCUGAGGAAAGCUUGAAAGAGUCGCUGAAGAAACAACUGGAGUUCUGCUUCUCCAGGGAGAAUCUCUCGAAGGACCUUUAUCUCAUGUCUCAGAUGGACAGUGAUCAGUUUGUACCAAUCUGGACCAUAGCCAGCAUGGAGGGGGUCAAACUGCUGACAACUGAUAUGGAGCUGAUACUUGAGGUUCUACGAGCCUCUCCCAUGGUGCAGGUGGAUGAGAAAGGCGAGAAAGUACGGCCAAACCACAAACGAUGCAUUAUCAUCCUCAGAGAAGUACCGGAGGAUACACCUGUUGAGGAGGUGGAGGCCCUGUUUAAAAGUGAGAAGUGUCCGCCGGUUAUCAGCGUGGAGUUUGCACACAAUAACAACUGGUAUAUCACUUUCCGGUCCGACACAGAUGCACAACAGGCUCACAGAUAUUUACGCGAGGAAGUCAAAACCUUUCAGGGCAAGCCUAUUAUGGCACGCAUCAAGGCCAUCAACACCUUCAUCGCGAAGAACGCUUAUGGGGCUGUCGACUCUGCUGUGUACUCCACUCCUCCAUCACAGUUCUCGUCUCCAGUUUACCUGCAGCAGGUGUAUCAGCCUGCCCAGCAGUACCCUCUCUACAGCCUGCUGCCUCAAACAUGGACUCCCUCACCCACCCCUUACUUUGAAACCCCACUGGCUCCAUUUCCCAACAGCACAUUUGUAAAUGGAUUUGGCACAACAGGAACCUACAAAACUGGCUCAGCUCCAAUCAGCCUUGCACGUAGCUACCCCCGCAACCGACUUCCACUUUACUCCAGAAAGAAUGUAAUCAAUGCCUUCAGGAACCAUGUGAAGCCGCAGCCUCGUGUUGAUGCAGAGACCUUGUCUGGUGCCGGCAGUCCUCAGCCCCCAUGUACGCCCAACUCUGACACCACUGCUUCCACUCUCACACCCCUAUCCGAACCUCCGACUUCCCCCAGAGAGAACCACCACUCGGACUUCAGCAGCCGUGCCAGGAGAGGAAGCUAUCGUGGCAUGAGGAGGAGAAGAGAAGAUGAAAGAGUGAGGCAAUUUCCUGAAAUGGAGGUGAAAGCGCCACCCCCUAAGUUUGACCUUGCAGCCACUAACUUCCCGCCAUUGCCAGGGGGCGUACCAUGCCAUCUGCCAGGUGUGACCACGCAAGCGGAGUCAGCGCUGGAGAAUUGCAUGGCAGAUGUAGUUAAGGGCAUCAACAGAGACAAGCCGGAUGUGAAUAAGCCAGAUGUUAGUCAAGAUCCUGGAACCUGUCAAGUGGACGUGCAGUUAACAACUUCUUCCUCUCAAGCCCCAAAGCUUCCCACCACAAAACAGGACAUGCCUGCGAAAAGUGUGUCUCAUCAAGUGAAGAUGGAAGAAAAAGAGGUUCCGUUGUCCAAUGCCCCUCCCAGCACUGCAUCAGCAUGCCCUGUCCAGCCUGUUCCUGCCCCCAAACCUUCACGCAGCCAGUCAACUACAAGCACUGCGACACAAGCAUCCACCCCACUCGUUCCCACAAGCACAACUACACAGGAACCCCGGAAACUCAGCUACGCAGAGGUUUGUCAGAGGCCACCUAAAGACCCUCCCCCUGCACCGGUAGCGCCGCCCAGCCCCACCCCUUCUCCGACCGCUAACCAACCGCUACGUGAGCUUCGUGUCAACAAAUCAGAGUGUGUGGCCUCAUCGCGUUGUAGCCCCAGUGAGAGACUAGAGAAAGGAAUUGAAGGUCGGACAUCCAGAGAGCAGACUGGCUACCAGCGUGGUAACGGACCCAGAGGGUCAGGCUUUAAGCUCAGAGAGCAACAGAGGCGGCCCCUUCAGGGUCGACGCUCUUCUCCACAGUCGGGAUACAGCCGCCGCAGCGGAAAAGAGCAAAACAUACCACCCCGAUCGCCAAAAUAAUGCCUCAUCCCCACUGUACAAGUGUGUAUUAUACAAACACAACGAGAGUAUAUAAAUCUAUAUAGCUAUAUAUAAAUCGACAUGUGAGAACUGGACUGUCACACUGUGGUGUUGAGGAACUCUGUCACUCAAAUAACCAUGGUAUUUGGGAACAUGAUUCUUAAACUAGAAAUUUAAGGAAGAUGACAAACGUCUUACACUUGAAAGAAGAAACAGAGGCCAUGCUUUCUGUAUUUGUCUGUUGUUUUACAGCAAUUGAUUGGCUUGUGAAUGAGUUUUGAUUUUACUUGGUGUGUAAAGGUCCUGGCACUAGUGUACAGUUUAUUGUACAUUUUAUUGUCUAAUAAUGAAAAUUGUCCAAAUCACACAAAAACGGCAUGACACUGCACUUCACCGGUUUAUAUGUUCCAUCUGUGUAUGUGUGUGUAUGUCCUGCUUUUGUCCAAGAUAAGGCUGGAGAAAAUGUUUUCUUCAGUGAUGCUCAAAACGUCAUUUUAUUUUUAAAAUAUUAAUGAUUUGCUUUUGUGCAAUUUGAUGCACGUAAACAAGUUGUAGAGAUGUAGAUAAAUGGCAAGACUUCAAAAUUCAUAGUCGAUUAUUAGCUUUGACCUGACUAUUGUCCUUUGAUACUCAUCCAUUCAAAAAGAUAACCACUGAGCAAAGGAAUAUUGUUAGCAGUCUUCAUGUCACAAUUGACAGUGCUGACUGUGUGCAAUCAUGUCAUGCUUUUAUCUUUAUUGAUGCAAUACAGCACAAUCCCAACCAAGCACUUGCGCUACUGUCGGCAAUGUUUCAUUCACUGUGAAACUCUACCAUAGUUGAGCUAAAUUAAAUUUGUGGACUGCUCAUUCCAUGAGAGUGAGUUGCAGUUUAUUUUGUUAGGUGCAUUGAAAUGAUUUGGAAGCACCCGUGCGAUCUCCGGGUUGUCACACAAGUUUGAACAACAUUGUUCACUGGACUUCAUUGGUAUUCGGUGACAAAUAGCAAAUUCCCUUUCACCUGUUUGUGCGCUACUAAAUCUCAAAAAAAAAAAAAAAUCGUCAGGAAUUCCCAUUUUAUUUUACCUUAAAUCAAAUUGUGUUCUCCAUAUCUGGUAUUCAGAAAGAUAAAGAUGGCACAGAAUAAGACCCAACUGGAAAGUCAUGAAGAAUAGGCGUAGUAGUGCUAGACCUAUAGACUGGAGGAAAAAUGUGGACAAAAGUAGGGGUGUAUAUUCAAGGUGAUUUAGUUGCGUGUUGUAUUGUGUAAUGUUGUAAGGUGUCAUCUGUGAUGGUCCUGUGUUUUUAAUGACCGGGUCUGUCAGUAACCGAAAAAGCUCUAACUGUUUUUUUAAAAGAGAGAAAUUUGUAUAAAUUGAGCCACAGUUCGUUUUUCUUCCCCUUUGGUGUGAAAUUCUUGAGUGAUGUUGGUGUUUAUCAAUCAGGUCUUUGUACAGUUUGCUUUCGUCAAGAUUUUCAUUUUGUUUCGCUGUAGAAUUUUGUCUAGUUAGUGUGCUGCUUCCGUGUUUGUUGAGUCUGAUCUAUUGUAUUUUAGGCCUGUACAUUUCAUGUGAUAUGAUGUACCAGCCACAUUGCUCAUGACUUGCUUGUGUCCUUUUUUUGUUAAAGCAGAGGGGCUGUUAAUUUUGUCAAGCCUGCAAUGGUGGCAUUGACGUCACUAGUGGCAGUCGCCACAUUCUGUUUAGGGGUCUGAAGUUUUUAGUUAAUGAAACAUUUAAAGGUUCUAUUUGUACUGUAAGGGGUCAUUCAGACGGCGUCUAGGCAGCGCUCCGAUAUGUUUUUGUAAAAUGCGCAGCCUAGAACUCGAGGGUCUAGAGAUGCGGGUAUCUGGACACAGCCACUAUGCGUCACCUCUGCCAUGUUGCAGUCAAAUAAAACAGUUGUCAUACCAACUUGUUACUGUAUACAGAAGCUUUCAAUGCUUGCCCCGCCUCCAAAUUCUUCUGAUUGGUUCAAUGCUUUUGGAACUGACAUUGAGCAGCGCUACAGUUUCAGCGCUGAAAGUUUCAUUUUAUUUUACUUGACACGUCGUCUUGAAAACGAGGUGCCUCAAAAGACUAGAGAUGCGAGCUUUCCAGUUAUACACAUCUGUCAAAUGCGUGUUUACAUAAGGAGAAAAUGGGAAAGUAGCGCAAUGGAAUGGAAAAAUGCGUUCUGUCUGAAUGGCCCCUUACACUGAAAUGUUUUUCUGCUCUUAAUCUAUUAUUUGUAAUUUACGUGUAUGGAUUGUCCACAGAUCCAGACCAAAGUCAAAUCAGCAGAGAGACAAUCUCAGGAAGUGCUGUUUAAGUGUACAAACUCCUUCCUCACUUUCAUCAUUCUGCCACAGGCAGGGCCACGGUUAUAUGUGCGAGGGGUUGUAUCAUGUUAUAUCAUGGUUUCAAACUAUUGCGUUCAAUGUGUCUGUAUGCAUGUGUGUUUUAGUUUUAUGAAACAAUUAUUUAGAACCUUCAAAAGGUAAUGUGUCCUAAUAAUUAAUUUCUCAGAUUUUUGAUAGUUUGAAGUUAAUUUAGUGUUUUUUUUUUUCCUUUUAAAUGCUGAAUCUCUCUUAAACUUGAUAAUUAGUGUGGCUUUCUUGUCCUAACAUAUGUGUGUUCAUAUUUUGGGAAGUUAUUUCAGAAUUAUUUUCUAUGGCAAUAUUGUCUUUGGGCGCAAAUUGUGUAGAGACUGCAACUAAAAUGAAAAAAAAUCAGUGGACCUGUAUUUUUUUUUUCCUGAAUUUAUUGCUUUGAUUCAUAUUUGGCUGUUUAUAUGACACGUGUCGUUUUGUUUCUGAUCUAUUCACCUGUAGGCUGUAAGCUUGUUAGACAUGAAAUGGUGCGAUUAUAAGUAGCAAGUUAGCCAAAAAAAUAAUUUAAAAAAGUAUUCUCACUUGUUUAAUCCUAUAGGGAAGGGUAGGUUCUGUCCCAGGAGAAAGUGGGUUAAUCUUAUAUGCUGAGUGAAGUAUUUGAACAACAUUGUUGAUGUUUAUUAACAACGUUCUAAAGCAAAUGGAAGAAAAAAUAAAUGAAAGAUUAAAAUUGG